CCACUCAUAAUUUUAUUAGUGGUUAGAGAUAGUUUUUAAUAAUUUUAACAUUGCAUUUCUGUAUUUAAGAGAAUUUCAGUACUAUGAUGAUCUAUAUUUUUAAUUUAAAAUUCCAGUCCGAAAAUAUUUAUAAUAUACCCUUUGGUUCUUUGUUGUUUCUCUGCAAUCGUUGUGCUUAAACCCUUACCGGAAAUGGAGAGACGAAGGAAGAAAUGAACCGUCUUGAACAUUUCGUCGACGAAAACGACAAUCUCAUCAAUCUCAUCAAGAAGCUUCCCGAUCAGCUCCAUCACAACGUUAUGGCGAGUUUCCAUCCAUUAAAACAGCCUUUCCCUUAGAUUCUAAUUGCGUACACGAUUUGAUGAAUCUGAUGCUUACAGGUUCCAUUCAAACGGAGGCUUCCUUCUUCGCUACAACUGCUUGCGGUAUGUUUGUUUCAAAAUGUGUGGACUGGAUGAUGUGUUUGCUUUCAUAGUGAUCUUAAGUGGUGUUUCUUUAAUAGGAAGGACUUCUUGAGAUAAGAGAAGAGUAUGAAGAAGAAGAAGAAGAUUAUGCAACUGUGCUUCAGCCAGGUGUUAAAAAGGAGGCUUCUGGUGUUAAUCCUGGAGGAGAGGGAGAGGCCGGAGAAGGUGAAGUUGAAGAUGAUGAAUUUGCUCGAAUCAUGUCCAAGUUGAAUGAACUUCAAAUGCAAGAAGAACUGGAGGGUGAGGAUGGCGAUGAUUAUAUAAGUGAAGAACAAGAUUCUUCUGUAGAAAGUAUCGAGGAGAGCGAGUUGCUCGGUGUGGUGAAUGGUAUUGGAGAUAAGACAAAUCACAAUAAGAUAGAUUAUGAGAAAUCUGCUGCGAAACAAGAAUCUAGCAUAUCUGUUCUCGAGAAGGUGUCUGGCCAUAGUUCUUUUAUUGGUGAACCCAUGAGAUAUUCAGAUGUAAGGGAACUCACAUUUAGGUUCAUGUUUAUGGUUAUAUGUUUUUUUCCUCAUGUUUUAUUACUUUUGAUGCAGCCAAGAGUCAAAGAAAAAGCUAUUCAAGUCUUACCAGAGAGAUAUCCACACAAACAUGCAGAUGAUCUGUUGAAAGCGUUUACUGGAUCGAUCGUAGAGCACGCCCGUAAUCUAGAAACCAACACACACUGCCUAAUGCAGGUACAUUUCUAUCUACCACAAGAAGAACACAUCAUUAGCAAUGCUGGAAACAUAAUUCUUAUUGCAUGUUUUUGUUUGUAAGCAGCCUUCAGGGUCUCAGCCAUCAAAACCAGUUUCAAUAUUCAAGGCACAGAGAAGAUAGCCAGUUAGGGUCUAUGUACAAUUUUGUUUGGUAUUCCUUCUGAUGAUAUAUGUAAGAAGUAAGAACACAUACAUAUGUGUGUGCAUUUAUAUACAGUUAAGUAGGCAAAUCUACAUCAGAAAAUCUGAUACUUGACUCCGUCUGAAAAUUCUUGAAGUAGCUUCUCUUUGACAAUACCCAUCUACUAAACUCCAAUGUCUCCAUGCCUUUAAACUCAGCUAACAUCAUGUGACAACAAAAAUUUAAAACUGACUUCCUGUUUUGGUUUUAUUACAUGGAAUAGAAAUGUUUCCGUUAGAACGUCGUCGUUUAUAAGGGGCCAAAUCUACUUAAAGCCCAAACUCUACUUUUGUCUUAACUGUAAGUAAUAUUGUUUCCCUUGAACUGAUCAUUGUAUUGAUACGAUAUUAUAUA